AUGAGCCCAUCGCCCAAUACCGAGUCGACGGCGCCUGUUUCCAACCUCACCUCGCUCCACCGGCAACAGCGCAUUCGCGGCAACAAGGUCCAGGACACGCCCCAGCCCCAGCCCCGCGACACGGCGAGAAAUGAGCUGGGAAGACGAGAUAGACGCCGCGAGCGCGUUACGCGGAUUUAUCCCCGAGAGGUAACAAAGUCGCCGCCUGCCGCCAGACGCCUAUCCUCUGCCUCGCCGCCCGUGUCCUACAAUGCGACCACCUCCCCGCUGCUGUCCGCUCUGGGCGCUACACGAGGCACCGCUGCCCAGUACACAAACGAGUGGACCAAGUCGGUGCCCUUCUUCACCAACCAGGCUUCCCCAAACACGGGCGGGAUAGCUAUAGCGGGCUCUCCACCGACUCUGCACAGCUCGCCUGGCGCCCGAGAAGGACUCUACGCCCAGCAGCCCAUGUCCAACUCACCGCCAGGCAUGCGGCCCCUGAGCCAUCCGACCCAGCAGACCAACUUUGGUGGCCGCCUACAGAACUCGCCCCGAGACUCCGCCAGGGACCGCAGAGCUUCCAUGUACUCCCACCACGGCGCACGCGCCCCAUCGCAGCAUUUCGCCCCUAAUCCGCCUCUGCCCCACCAGCCGCAAGCGCAUUUCUACGGCCUGACUGACCUCGAUCUUGGUCUCAACAAUGCCGCCGGCGAUGGCAUACCGCCAGGGGAAGGGGGCUUCUUCUGUGGCUUCGACACUCUGAUGACGGCAGGCGACGAUGCCGCACGAGUAGCUGAGAACGUGCUACUGGUUGGUCAGCAAGGCAGUCUGGACGUCUUCAGAGUCGAGAAGGGCAAGCUUGAGAUCAUAGGGCGGCUGGAGGGUCUUCAAGGCGCCGUCAUAGGCGCUAAGAUCCUGCCUUGGACAUCGCGGAGAGAUCCGCUGAUACAGUCAAGGCCCCUGAUUGCCGUUACACUCCACGGGCCCGUUCUCCGAGAAAGUCGCAGCAGCCAGAGCGGCAGUGGCUCUUCUUCCGUCGUUGACGAUUCCGCGUCAGAAUCUCCGAGCAGGCCGUCUUCCAACCACGGUGGCCCUUCUGCCCAAGUCUCUGCUUACCAAACUUCUGUCGACAUCUAUUCGCUGAAGGAGUCUCGCAGACUGGCAACAUUGUACAGGAGCCCGUUGGUACCUCUGCUUAGUCCCGUCGAAAGUCCCAUGUUUCAGCCGCCGCCCCCGGUCGGCGAAUUUGUGGUGGACGCCAAAGGCAAGUUCGUAGUUGUUGCAUCUGGCUCCAGUGGUGAAGUGUUCAUCUUUGCCCCGUAUCUCAAAGGUCAUGAAGACUAUUCUGAACGAUACCGAUGCAUAGGCAAGGUCUGGACAUCUGUUCAGAUACGUGACCGCCCAGUUCAUUCCAGUGCUUCGAGUGCUGCAGACGGCAGCCAAGAUGAGACGCCUCUCGAGAAAUAUGGAGUGCCCGUCUUUUCCUUGUCCGACCGAUGGCUCGCUGUCACUCCUCCUGGCUCAAGUGCUCUCUAUGCUCUAGAUGGCGUGGCCCUGACUUCACCGUACUAUGAGCGCCCACCCGGUAUUACACACCAUACAGUGCCACCUCAGCCGUCAGCAAAUUGUACUGUAGAAGCACCGGAAGCUGCCAGUUUGAUCGACCGUCUCACAAGAGAAGGCACCCAGGUCGCCAUCAAGGGCGCGCGCUGGGCGACAGAGAAGGGAAUGCAAGCCUUCAAAGCUUAUAUGAACAAGACGCCCCAGGCAAACGGUACUACCAACAUGUCAUACGGCCAGGACCCUAUGCAACACUACUUCCCCCCUACACAUGGCCACAAUCAAACACAACCCAGGCAGGAGGCAACUGUCACAUCUGUUUACGACCUGCAGAGGCUACUGGAUGCAGAAGAGACGCGCAACAAGAGUGCUCUACACGCAAUCGCGACGAUACCUGCCUCACUUGGCUGCAGCUUCCUCUCUUUUUCGCCCAGUGGGCUCAUGCUCAUGACCGUUAGCAAGAAAGGUGAUUACCAGGAUGUAUGGGAUUUGAAGCGUAUGACAUCGCGCAGAGCCCGCCCGCACGUACGCCAAGUUGCUCGAUUUGCUCGAAUGACUGUCACCAAUGUGAUUGAUGUGGUGUGGUCGGCCCCGAGAAUGGACAAGCUAGCUGUCAUUACUGACAAGGGAACUGUUCACAUGUUCCCAAUGCCUGCAUCGGCGUUCCAAUGGCCGCCUCCUCGACGGAUCCGUCCAGCAGUACCUGCGAAACCAAAGGAGGACGCAACUUCAGCAGGCCGUGGAAGUGCAAUCACUUCGGCGAUGCAGACCCUGAACGGAACGGCGAAACCUUGGCUGGACGCUGUUCGUGCGAGAAACACCGGUGGAGGGUCGCGGUUCAGUCUGAGUAGCCUCGGUGUAACUCCUGCUGCAGGUGCGAAAUCCGGCAAGGCUGUGGCAGCUGGAGUUGGGAAGUCGAUCAACAACAUUCGCCACGCUGGUGACAACAAACUCGCACUUCCUACCUCUCCCAGUGGCGUCAAGCCAUAUAGUGUGCGGUGGCUGUCGGGCAAAGGCCGAGGAUCAAUCGCCAUCGUCUCUGGCGGCGUGCUUCAAAUUUGGCGCGUGCAAAUGCGGCAUUCUUCUGGCAAAGGCAAUUCCGGAAAUGCGACUGCGAUCUCGAAGAAGAAGGUCGUGGAAUUCGGUCUCGCUCCACUUCGCGAUGCAGCACUGCCGCCAGCCAUCGCUGAAGUUCUCUUCCCCCAGCCAGGCGAUGCAGAACCAACCCAAGGUUUCUACGGCGAGUGGCUUCCACGCUCUCUGCCGUCGCGCAAGUCUGGUGCCAAAGCAAUAGGGCCUUCUCCCGCACCUCUCAGCUUUUCCGAGAUCGAGACGAACCCACCAUACCAGCCGUUCUACACCGAUCGCCGUGUCACGCGCUUCGUCUACUCCAGGCCCCUUGCAGAAGUCCAGGAAAGUAGCAGCGAAUUCCAACCACCGGCCCCAAGUCUGGUCAGUAAUCUCCACCAGGCCAACGAUGAUUCGCCAUGGCUGUUCGGCGACGAUGUCGAGGCUGUUCGCGUGUCGUCGCCAGCUACACGCACCUAUGAUUCCGGCGACGAGGAUUUCAUCGCUGGCGUCGCCGCUCGCAUCGAGAACAAGCUCAUCCUCCGCGACGGCGAGGAAGAAGUCGAACAGGUUGUCGUCACUACCCGGCGGAGGCGCGUGCGCAAGGAAGGAAUGGAAGAAGACGAGGAGGGCUUCUUCGAAGAUGAUUGUGAAGUCUUGGAUUUCGCGGAGGACAGAGUUUGA